AUGGGGGAGACUGGGGAGGCCGGAGCGCACGGGGAAGCUGACAGCAUGGGGGAAACUGGGGAGGCCGGGGCGCACGGGGCGGCCGGCAUCACGGGGGAGGCCGGGGCGCACGGGGAAGCCGACAGCAUGGGGGAGGCUGGGGAGACCGGGGCGCACGGGGCCGAGGCCGCCGAGCUGCUGCCUUUCCUGGCGCCGGGCGCCCGGGCCGACCUGCAGACGGCGGCGGCGCGGCACGUGCUGGCCCUCACCGGCUCCGAGCCGGGCCGCGCGCUGCUGGCCGGGCAGGCGGAGCUGAUGCGGGCGCUGGCAGAGCUGGCGGCCGCCCCGGCCCCGGCCCCGGCCCGCGACGCGUCGCGCGCGCUCGUGAACCUGGCCGCCGACCCCAGCCUGCACGCACUGCUGCUGGCGGCCGACCCCGGGCUGCCGGCCCGCCUGCUCGGCCGCGCCCUGGACCCGCAGUGGCCCUGGGCCGACGAGGCGGCCGCCGUGCUGGCCAACCUGAGCCGCGAGUCCGCGCCUUGCGCCACGCUGCUGGAGGCGCUGACGGGCGCCGCGCCCGAGGGGUCAGGGCUGGAGCGCGUCGUGCGCGCCCUGUGCACCCCCGGCUACAAUGCGCGCGCGCCACUGCAUUACCUAGGGCCGCUGCUCUCCAACCUCAGCCAGCGGCCCGCGGCACGCUCCUUCUUGCUGGACCCCGACAGGUGCGUGGUCCAGCGGCUGCUGCCCCUAACCCAGCACCCAGACUCCUCUGUGCGCAGGGGCGGGGUGGUGGGGACGCUGCGGAAUUGCUGCUUCGAGCACCGACACCAUAAGUGGUUGCUGGGCCCAGAGGUCGACAUCCUUCCCUUCCUGUUGCUGCCUCUAGCCGGGCCUGAGGAAUUCUCAGAGGAAGAGAUGGACAGGCUGCCCGUGGACCUGCAGUACUUGCCGGCCGACAAGCAGCGGGAGCCUGAUGCUGACAUCCGCAAGAUGCUCAUAGAGGCUGUCAUGCUGCUGACAGCCACUGCAGCUGGCCGGCAGCAGGUGCGAGACCUGGGCACCUACCUGGUCCUCCGGGAGCUGCACAGCUGGGAGCCAGAGCCAGAUGUGAAAGUGGCCUGUGAGAAGCUCAUUCAGGUGCUGAUCGGGGAUGAACCAGAGCCAGGCAUGGAGAACCUGCUGGAGGUCCAGGUGCCUGAGGAUGUAGCACGGCAACUGGAACAGCUGGAGCUGGAACCAGGCCCUGCGUCCUCCUGACACGGCCCGGGCCGCGCU